CAGAAGCGGUUACUGCAGGUCUAGGACAACAAUCUGACCGAAAAGGAGAGUGGAGGAGGGUGGCUGGCUGAGAGUCAGUAUCUGGGAGACGCAGCAAUGGAACCAGUGGCUAUGUGUGUGCGCACAGGUGCCACAGGCCUGGAGAGCAAUGCUGUGUCUCUGCAGCCUCCAGACUCAACACACGCGGCGGCUUGCUGAAACUGCAUCCGCAGCCGAGCGUGGGUACUCCCCGCCACAGCCACUGAAGGAAGAUCCGAAGGAAAGGGCGCGAAGGGGGAAGAAUGGAGUGGCAGGUUAUUGGGGCAAGACCCACAGGCUCAUUUCGGAGGUCCUGUAGUGGGAACCUGUACCCGACUGCUAUGCUCCUCCCUUCUCUUCCCAACUCUCGGUGAUCAUCUCCAUCUCCCCUAGCGCAUCCCUUCCCCCCCUCCCUGCUUUCUUUGCUCUCCCUCCCUGCCGCGUGCCUGCUCCCCUCCCCCUCUCCAGGCUGCUCUGGGCAGCAGCAACCUCGGCAGCCCCGGAGAUGGGAAGAGAGCGCGCGGGGCGCUGCAGCUCUGGAGUCGCAGAUCUUUCCUCUUCGGGUGUCCUGAGCCCCCGCCGCCGCUCUUGCCUCCUGGCUACCCUCCGACUCCGGCUACGCUACUAGGACAGCGCCGCCACCACCGCCAGCCCUCGUCCCGCCUGCGCCGCGCUGCCCUCACGCGCCCUGGAUGGAGCUUUCCCUCGCUGGGAUCGAUUUAGAAUGUGAAAACUCAAGUAUCUGAUAACACAGUGGAGUAGUUCAACACUCAUCUCUGCUUCCCAUGCUAUGUUCUCUACAGUGAAAAAUUAUGACAUCAACAUCCAAAGGCAUUCUCCGCCCAUUCCUAAUAGUCUGCAUCAUCCUGGGCUGCUUCGUGGCAUGUCUGCUUAUUUACAUCAAACCCACCAACAGCUGGGUCUUCAGUCCAAUGGAGUCUGCAAGUUCUGUGCUGAAAAUGAAAAAUUUCUUCUCCACAAAACCUGAUUAUUUUAAUGAAACUACUAUUCUGGUUUGGGUAUGGCCAUUUGGGCAGACCUUUGACCUUACAUCCUGCCAAGCAAUGUUCAAUAUCCAAGGGUGCCAUCUCACAACGGACCGUUCAUUGUACAACAAAUCCCAUGCGGUCCUGAUACACCACAGAGACAUCAGCUGGGAUCUGACUAACUUACCUCAGCAGGCCAGGCCCCCCUUUCAGAAAUGGAUUUGGAUGAAUUUAGAGUCACCCACUCACACCCCACAAAAGAGUGGCAUUGAGCACUUGUUCAACCUGACUCUAACUUAUCGCCGUGAUUCAGAUAUACAAGUGCCUUACGGCUUCUUGACGGUGAGCACAAAUCCCUUUGUGUUUGAAGUGCCAAGCAAGGAGAAGUUGGUGUGCUGGGUUGUGAGUAACUGGAAUCCUGAGCAUGUCAGGGUCAAGUAUUACAAUGAGCUCAGCAAGAGUAUUGAAAUCCACACCUAUGGGCAAGCAUUUGGAGAAUAUGUGAACGAUAAAAAUCUGAUUCCCACCAUAUCUACUUGUAAAUUUUAUCUUUCUUUUGAAAACUCAAUUCACAAAGAUUACAUCACUGAAAAGCUCUACAAUGCUUUUUUGGCUGGUUCAGUACCUGUUGUCCUGGGACCCUCUAGGGAAAACUAUGAGAAUUAUAUCCCAGCUGAUUCAUUCAUUCAUGUGGAAGAUUUUAACUCUCCCAGUGAGUUGGCAAAAUAUCUGAAGGAAGUUGAUAAAAACAAUAAGUUGUACCUUAGUUACUUUAACUGGAGAAAGGAUUUUACUGUAAACCUCCCACGGUUUUGGGAAUCACACGCAUGCCUGGCAUGCGAUCAUGUAAAAAGGCAUCAAGAAUAUAAGUCAGUUGGUAAUUUAGAGAAAUGGUUUUGGAAUUAAAGUGUCUGUCAUCGUCACAGUGAAAUAGAUUAAUGAGACAUCAUUCAAGUUUUCAGGAUAAGAAGAAACACUGCAUUUGGGUCACAGCUUAAUUUUUCCUGCCCUCCCUUGAGGACCAUGUAUAUUUUGAUGAAAUUUUUAAGAGACCAGAAUUAGCAAUCACUCAAUUUGAUUUUAAAUUAUCCUGUAUAUAUGUGAUAACGAGCAUUGGAAAUAAUUUAUUUGUCACUCUCAUUUGUAAACAUUCUGUUUUUACAUUUUAUAGUUGACUGUAAAGUAAGUUUAUGAUUUAAUUGCUUCUACAUCAAUCAAAACUUUAAUCUAUUUGGGAAAUGAGAAUACAUAUACUAAAAUAUGAAAGACUUUUUGCCAAAUAUUAUAAAGUUUAGAUUCUAGCUUAUACAAUGCUAACAAAGAAGAAUUAUUGAAUCACUUAAUUCUUAACCUCUUUGACAUCAAAGCUGAACACUACUGACAACUGAUAUAGUUUUUACCUGCACCACAUUUGUGAAGGUGGGCUAAUCGAUGUAGUUAAUAAGAAAGAUAUGAAGCAGAAAUGUUAUUAGAUUUCACAUUCAUUUUUAUUAAGUUGUUUUAUAAAUGCAGAUUCUCAAUAUUUUAAGUUAAAGAAAACAAGAAUUUUCAGAUGUACAAAUUAUGUGGUUUUAGGGAGUUUUUUGUCUGUUUGUUUUGUGUUUUUAGUGCCUAAUGAUACCUAAGAGAAUCUUUUGAUAGUUCUCUUUCAAAUCAUAAGGAUAAUCAUUAUUGUAGAAACAAAUAAUUCUCUCAUAACAAUAAAAAUGAUAUCUGCAAAUACAAAUAAACAUAUAAAUUGUACCAUUCAUAGAACUUUAAUUACUUCAUUCCUUUGAAAUAUUUUUCCAAAACAUCCAUAUUUAAGUUUUGUUACACCAUAUUUGGUAAUAAAUAGAAAUAAAACUUGAAAGAUCUAUCUGAUCAUUUAAAAGAGCUUAAAAUUUGUACUAAUAGGUCAAUUAUGUCACAAAACACAAUAAAGUGUGAACCUACAGGGAGUGCACAGUGCUGACACAGAGUAAGAUUUCAAUAUAUAUUUAUUAAAUAAAUUAUCAGUAUUUAAAAAGUCAUGGGCAAAUUUUUGUUUUUGAUAAAGGAACAGUUGUAGGCAAGAACUAUUAAUUGAAAAUUAUCUUUUUAUACCAUUUAAAAUAUUAUCCAUACACAGCAUAUGUUGCUAUUAUAUUCAGGGCUUUACACAACCAAUGUAAACUUAUUGCACUGAAUUUGGUGGCAUGUUAUCUAUGAGCUAUCAUCUGCCUGCACAAUCCUCUUCUAUAAGUAUAGAGGAGAGAAGUGGGCAAAUGCAAAUACAAUAGAUUAGAAAAAAAAGAGAUACUGAAGACACUUACAGAAAUGGUUUCUUCAAAGGAUUUCUAAAGCCUGUGUCUAUUCUGUUCAAAACCUACAGAAAAAAAAUGUUCUGAUGUUCUAUUUGGAUCUUUCGUGGCUCUUUAUAUUUUUCUAUUAUGUAUUGCAAUCAACCGAACUCAGGCUAGUUCUCCUCACCUAUAGAGAAGAUGCAUUUCAGUUUGAUAAGCAGGAAGUAUGUGCUCGAUGAGAGUAUAAGCUCCCUUAGCAUGGGAAACAUUUAAGCAAAGAAAGAGCACAGAACUAAUCAGAGAGUUUCAUCCUAUGUUCUUUUCUUUCUUUCUUUCUUUUUUUAAGACAUGGUUACACAGGUAAUAUUGUCAAUCUCAAACUGCCACAGAAGUAAAGAUGGAAACAUGUUGUCACUGCAGGGCUUACGAAAUAAAGCUUCCUACAAUCUGCAUCUACUACUCUCAAUGGAGAUUGUACAAUUUAGUGAAAAACAAAAAUACUAAACAAUACUAGUAAAUUUACCCCAUUGUUUACCUACUCAACGUGUAUUAGAGUGGCGACCCAACAUAGAUUUUCUCUAGAUUGUCUCUUUUUUCCACACAUCAUUUUUACAUUUAAAUCAAAAAAUAGUACAUAUACAUAGAUACUCUCCUAAAUGCUCAUAUAUUUAUUUGUUUAAAAGCCAAUUUCAUACAUUUACUUGGUUUUUUUAUCCAUAAAUUGUAGAGACCUAAACAUGUGUUGCUAAGUUUAGAAUUUGCUUUCACUGAAAAUUGAAAAGCAUGUGAUGCUGCUUUCAUACCCCAUUGCUAAAUUGGAUGCUAAGAGAUAUGAAGGCAGUUGCCUCUUAUGUUGACUAUGAAUUUGAGCUCAUUCUUGGACUGGAACUACAAUUAAAUGCCAAUAGUGUAAGCCAAGAUAAGGUAUCAAGUAUUCCACAGUUGCAUCUGUAUAUUGAGAGCCUGAUGCCAAGCCAUAGAACGUCUGAACUUCAAGUCCACAGUUAGAGCCUGCUUUUUAGCUAGAAGAAUAUAUAAUAAUAUUCAUAUGUCAAACUUUUCUUCCUUUCUGUGAACUCACUAGUUACUGAUUUGUGACAUAUUUAUUCCUGAUAUGUUGAGAGACAGGCAUGUCAACCUCACACGUAGUGAUUAUAGAGAUUAGAAUUUAAGGAUCCUAUUGCUAUGAAUCAUGUUUCCUCUCUGCCCUAUCCACACUUUAUUAUACAAAUAUAUCUCAUUUCCUAUAAAUGUGAAUAUUACCUGGCAGUUUUUAGUGCCUGUAGGAUGGUAUGUUCUGGGACGACUUUAGUUUUUGAAAAUAUAUUAAACAGAACUUUGAGAUGUUGACACUCUUUCUGAUAUUAUUGUUUUAGCUGUUGACCUUUAGCAGAAGGGAUGAGCUUCACUAUGUGUAAGUGGGAAAUGACCCCUGAAAAGAUAUGCCAUUGGCUGCACUGUUAGCAAAUUCUGUGGCUCACACUUUUUAUAAGGAUAUCUCAUAUGAAAGAUAGAUUGAUUCAAGCAAAUUGGUUUGCUGCUUGUAUAAUAAAAGCAGAUAAUAUGCCUAGAGAUCAAUGAUUACUCUAAAAAGGUCAUGAUCAUGUUUUUCACCUAAAAUUGUAGAAAGUCAUUAUCACCAGUGCUGAGUAUUUAAUUGACAAUUAUUGCAAGUCUUAUUAAUAGGAAUACAAAAUAAUUAUUUUAAGCUUUCCUGAAGAGAAAUAUACUGACAUCAAUUUAGCUAUAUUGUAGAGAGGGAAGAUCAUGAUAGCCAUAUAUUUUAGGACAGCCAUGACCUGAAGAAGUAGAAGGUAUAAAAAAAAAAAUAUUAGUGGGAAACCAGCAUCAGCUUAUAUAAUUCACAUUUACUUUGAAAAGCUGAGUCCUAGAGUGUACAAAGCUUGAAUCAAAACUGUUAAGGUAUAAAUGGAUAGAAUACUUAGAGAAUUAUCUGUUAAGUCUUUAAACUCUUGCCUUUAAUUGGAGAUUAAAUAAAAAAGGAAUAAAAACAAAAAUAAGCUACUUAGAUUUUUUUUUACUGAACUUUUUUCAGGAUAGAUUUCAUGUCUGUUACUUGACAAGAAAGUAUCUGUGUGGAUUAAUGUUUUUUAAAACGUAUUAGCUCUCCACAUUUUUAUUUUGUACUUGAUGAUGUCAGCUCCCCUCAACUCUAAUCGCAAGAGAGUUUUGUUAAACAUUGUAAUCAAGGUCUAGAUAUGUGAGAUUUUAGCAGUUCUACAUGCAGAAGUGGUUAUUAAUGAAUGCCUAGUAAAUAGUUACAUCAAUGAAAUUAGUGGACAUGAAAGAUACUUUAAUGUCAUCAAAAUACCACCUUCUUCAUUUGAAAUGGAGAUAAUCUUUUCUGUUAAAAUUGUUCCCAGAUACAGAGAAUAGACAGGUUAAGUCCUUUUUAUCAUAUGUUUAAAAAAAACCCAAAUAAAUAAAUGUUAUGAAAGAUCAAA